GAUUGAAAGAGCGGGCACCGUGCGCAGGGGCGGGCGCCCGGCGGGCUUGGCAUGCGCGCCCCCGCCUGCGGCUAUAAAAGCCUCGCCACCUGCUGCCAAUAGCCAAGCAGCGCGUCCGGUUGCCUGAAGAAGCCAGUUCACCGCCUCCAGCGCCUGCUCGCCUCGACAUGGACCCCGAGACCUGCCCCUGCCCUUCUGGUGGGUCCUGCACCUGUACUGACUCUUGCAAGUGCGAGGGAUGCAAGUGCGCCUCCUGCAAGAAGAGCUGCUGCUCCUGCUGCCCCGCUGAGUGCGAGAAGUGUGCCAAGGACUGUGUGUGCAAAGGUGGCGAGGGGGCCGAGGCUGAGGCGGAGAAGUGCAGCUGCUGCCAGUGAGGACGUCUCCCUCUGUGUGGAGCCUGUGGAGGUAGUGCUGGUGGCCCAGUGCCACCUCUGUCCAUGGUGAGGCAUGGCUGUCAUCCCCUUUCCCUGCUGGCCACUGGCAAGUGACAAUAAAUCCCAUGAAUAGCA